AUGCACCUCAAGCUAGGAGCUAGCUUGGCCGUCAUGGCCGCCAGCCAUGUGACGGCUUUCUCGCAGAUAACAAAUGAUGAGAUGGGCUCACUCCUCGAGGCAGGCGGCUUAGAUCUAGCAGAUCGUUACGCGCCCAUGUGGUUCUUUGGCCAGGCUCAGGAUCAGCCACCUUGUUAUCCAACCUGGGCAUAUGGCGGCUCACCAGACACGCCGGAUGUCUACGAUGACGCCCACAAGACACCGGGUGUAGGGGCGUGUGAGUACCCGGACGUCGGGUGCAAUUGCCGCCAACCUGGCGUUGACGCCGGGAAUCCGGGGCCUCAAUUUCCGGUUUAUUAUACAUACCAGCAAUGUACCGACAGCGAGGUGCGCGUCGCAUACAAUCUCUUUUAUGAGAAAGACGGCGCAAACUUUGGUGCGAUCAAGACUGGACAUGAAUACGACUGGGAGCGAGUGAUAAUUAUCCACUCUCGGGAUGACAACAACAUGUGGUCGCCAUCGCGUGCCCUGCUCUCUGCGCAUAGCGGGUACAGCAACUUGGCCUGGGGCGAUAUCCAAAACACUUUAACGACCGACGAGAUCAACGCUGGAAGUGCCAAAGACCCCAACGGUGUACGGAAUAAUGACCACCCCAAGGUGUAUGUGGCGUGGUCGAAGCAUGCUCACUUCGACACUCGCAAUACCGGUUGGAACGACCCGGUGAGUCAGUCGCUAGAUAAGGCAUUCCGGAGUAAUGAUUGGUGGUACUUUGUCGAGCCACAGUACUAUAUCCGAGCCGAUGGUGGUACGGACGCUGGUAAGGUUAUUGGGGCAGCUGACUGGGGGAGUGCAAGUAGUGACCCGGUGUCAGUGCACGCUGGGUUGUGCCAGGCCUGA